AAAAGAAGUAUGGUGUAAAACAAAAAAGAUUCUCUGCUGAUUCUAGAGCUUUUGGCUUCCAUUGUACUUACCCCCGACACAGUUCCUCAUCCUGAACCGACUUCGUCUUCUCUUCUAGCCACCACCACCGCCACCACCACCACCACCACCACCACCACCACCACCACCACCCUUCUCUUUCACCCAAUUCUCUCUUUCCUUCCCUUUUCCCGUUUCUCCUGAUCGCCGGCACUUUGCCCAGCACCUCCUCUUCAACCUCUUUCCCUUCGUUGGUGCGCCGCCAACCACCAAACCGCUGUUCUACGAUAUCUUUCUAGUAUUUUCUCCCUUGGACCCUUCUCCUAUUUCCCUGAUUGGGAUCGUUUUCAUUAGCUGCCGGUGAUUUCACCGUCCUGAGUUCCCGGUAUAAUCACCGACUCGGAUUCUGAUUGAUCGGCUUAAGUCUCUUCUUGUCUCUAUCUCUCUUUCCCUUUGAAGGGGUUUGCGUGCUUUGAAACCCUAAAUUUCAUUUGAAGGAGAUGUCUGAGAAAUUCUCGGCAACAUUGAGGAUAGGGGAUCUGAAUGAUUUCAUAGCACCUUCUCAGGCAUGCAUAGUUUCUCUCAAGGGGCUUAAAGCCACUACCACGAAGCCGGAUAAAGUUGAGGUUUCGGCUUCUAGGAUGCAAUUGAAAGCAGAGCCAGUUAAGAUUUCACUGAAGGAUUGCUUAGCAUGCAGUGGUUGUGUAACAUCAGCUGAGACUGUCAUGCUGGAGAAGCAAAGUUUGGAUGAAUUUCUAUCCAACAUAAACAAAGGAAAGGUUGUUAUUGUCUCAUUAUCACCACAAUCCAGAGCUUCACUUGCUGUCCAUUUUGGUAUCUCUCCCUUGAAGGUUUUCAAGAAACUAACGACAUUUUUUAAGUCCAUGGGAGUGAAAGCUAUAUUUGAUACAAGUUGCAGUAGAGAUUUAACCUUAAUUGAAGCUUGCAAUGAGUUCAUAGCAAGGUAUAGAAACAGCCAGCUAGACAAUGAAGAAAAAUGCAAUUCAUCAGUUCCUAUGAUAUCAUCAGCAUGCCCAGGAUGGAUAUGCUAUGCUGAGAAGCAACAUGGAUCCUACAUUUUGCCUUACAUAUCAUCAGUGAAGAGUCCUCAGCAAAUGAUUGGAUCAAUAGUCAAACAUCAUAUUUGCCAAAAGUUGGGUAUUAGGUCAGAUGAUGUUUACCAUGUUACUGUGAUGCCCUGUUAUGAUAAGAAACUGGAGGCAGCCAGGGAGGAUUUUGUUUUUCAGUUGGACUCAGCCAACAAAACUCCGGAGGAUGAGGCCCACAGAAUUACAGAAGUAGAUUCAGUAUUGACAUCUGGUGAAGUUCUAGAAUUGAUACAGAUGAAAGAGGUGGAUUUUAAGAGCUUAGAAGAAUCCCCUUUGGAUAGAAUGCUGACUAAUGUUAAUGAAGAAGGGCAUCUUUUUGGAGUUAGUGGAAGUUCUGGUGGUUAUGCAGAAACAAUCUUCAGGCAUGCUGCAAAGAUACUCUUUGGCAAAGAUAUUGAAGGCUCUUUGGAAUUCAAACCUAUUAGAAAUUCAGAUUUCCAGGAGCUCACGCUUGAGGUGGAAGGGAAGACUUUGUUGAAGUUUGCACUAUGUUAUGGAUUCCGAAAUCUACAAAAUGUUGUCAGAAAAAUAAAAACAGGAAAAUGUGACUACCAUUUUCUGGAGAUUAUGGCUUGCCCUUCAGGUUGUCUAAAUGGAGGGGGUCAAAUUAAACCCAAGCCUGGACAAUCUCCAAAGGACUUGAUUGAGUUAUUAGAAGCUGCAUAUCAGGAAAACGUUUUAGUGAGGGAUCCGUUUAAUAAUCCGGUGGUGAAAGAAAUAUACAAGGAGUGGCUGGAGCAACCAGGUUCAGAGAAGGCAAAGAAGCAUAUGCACACCGAAUACCACCCAGUGGUAAAAAGCAUUACUGCUCAACUCCACAACUGGUAACAACAUACCACUCUUAACCAUAGAAUUUUGUAGCCCAAAAGCUGAAAACUAGAUGAAUUAUAACCGAGUUUUGGAGAGAUUUAUGCCUCAUGCUUUGCUGUGAAUGUGAUAGUCACCGGUGGUUCACUCCUGGAAAGAGAAGGCCCAAUUUUGAUAGGAUUUAACACUUGAAAAUGUAAUUCUUGUUCAUCCACCUCACCUAAAUUGGCCUCUUCAGGUCUUCAUCCUGUACAUGAUCUGUAUUUAUGUUGUAAGAUAGAAGAAGAAAAAGGAAAUAGCUUGAUUUCUUGUUAAAUUUUUUAUGAUGAGUGUUGUUUUGGGUAUUUAUUAUUGUUUUGUUUUUCUUCUUUCUGAAUAAACAUACUCUCUGUUGAUGAAGAUUCAGCCGUUUAAAUAUAUUGUUGGGCGAAUGCUCUAUUUCUUUGUGCC